ACAAGUCACUGGCCAGCUCAGCCGUGUUUGUGUUUCUCUUUUCUUAGCUCAGUGAGUACUGGGUAUGUGUCACCCUGCCAAAUCCCUGAUCACAAGUCUCCAUGAACUGGCGGUGAGCGGGGAUAAUAAAACCCCUGACAUCACCAUUCCAGAAGCUUCACAAGACUGCAUAUAUAAGGGGCUGGCUGUAGCUGCAGCUGAAGGAGUUGACCAGCCAACUGACCCUACAUCCAUCUAGCCGCCAUGGACAUCGCCAUCCAUCACCCCUGGAUCCGCCGACCCUUCUUCCCUUUUCACUCCCCUAGCCGCCUCUUUGACCAAUUCUUUGGAGAGCACCUGUUGGAGUCUGACCUCUUCUCAACUGCCACUUCCCUGAGCCCCUUCUACCUUCGGCCACCCUCCUUCCUUCGGGCACCCAGCUGGAUUGACACUGGACUCUCAGAGAUGCGCAUGGAGAAGGACAGAUUCUCUGUCAACCUGGAUGUGAAGCACUUCUCCCCAGAGGAACUGAAAGUCAAGGUGCUGGGAGACGUGGUUGAAGUGCAUGGCAAACAUGAAGAGCGCCAGGACGAACAUGGCUUCAUCUCUAGGGAGUUCCACAGGAAGUACCGGAUCCCAGCUGAUGUGGAUCCUCUGACCAUUACGUCAUCCCUGUCAUCUGAUGGGGUCCUCACUGUGAAUGGACCAAGGAAACAGGCCUCUGGCCCCGAGCGUACCAUUCCAAUCACCCGUGAAGAGAAACCUGCCGUCACUGCCGCCCCUAAGAAGUAGACUCCCUUUCUCUCAUUGCGUUUUUUAAAAACAAGGAAGUUUCCCAUCAGUGAAGGAAAAUCUGUGACUAGUGCUGAAGCUUAUUAAUGCUAAGGGCUGGCCCAGAUUAUUAAGCUAAUAAAAUACCACUCAGCAACA